AUGGACAAUCUGAGACUUCUAAAUUUAAAUACUUAUUGGGAUCGUGUUUGCAAUUUCAAACACAGAGUUUUGCUGAUUCAUCCAUUUCAAAAUACUUUCGUAAACAUAAGAUACACUAAAACUAACAGUGCGUCAACCAUUGAGGAAGAAUUUCAAAAUGGUGAGGGAGAUAUCAAAAAUUUGUUUGCAAUCAAUCGACAAUUUAUCUCAGAUAGUGCCUCCAGAUUUAUAAAUGUGGUUGCAGCACCAAAUUUCCGAAAGUUAGAGAACAUCGACGUUUGUGCAAACUGUCAAUUGUUAGAUCAGUCUAUUUUGUCAGACGACGCAAAGGUUAAAAGGUUUUUUCUGAAUCUGGGAUUAAGAAGAAAAGAUCUUGAUCAGAAAAGCAAAGAGCAGUACAUGAACAUUGUAGGUCAAGCAAUGUGUUUCAUGGCUAGCAUGGAGACUUUAAACACUGUUCCAACAAUCAAAGAUGACAUUCAUGAGAAAGUAAGUACUGUCCUGUUGUCGUCUGAACAAUUACACAUUUUGUUUGACGAAUCUAAAAAGAAAAUCAUCGUGGGACCAUUGGGAAGUGGUAAAUCUGUUCUUGCUUUAAAUUAUUUAAAACAUCUUUACCAAUGUUGUGAAGGAAAAUGCAUAAUAUAUUAUGUUAUAUGGAGUGACAAAACGAUACUGCUGAAAGCUGUCGAAGAAUUCGCCUCAAAAUUUCAAUGCAACAGAAAAGUCACUUUGAUAGUAAUAAAUGUGAUUGAAUUGGCAAAAGAGCUCAACCUCUCUAAACUUCCAACAGUAUCUCAAUUAAUACUGAACCUGUUAAGGAAACAUGGUGGCAUGUCAUUUCAUUUUAUAAGCGACGAGGUAGAUGGUGAGAUGUUUGACAAUCAAGAAGCUUUAUCGCUGAAGCAGAUUUUGGAGAGGGAAGAAGCUUUACAGAAUUCCAUGAUUGUGUUGUUUCUGCAAUCUUUGGAAAAGCACAGGAGAUUGGUUACAUCUGGAGAAACAAAAAAUCAUGAAAAAUACAAAUACGCAGAAACUGGUAUGCGUGUGUUUUAUCUCAAUAAGGGAAUGCGAACAACGAAGAAAAUUUUUGAAUUUUUAGUAGAAUUUGAGAAAAAGAUUUCUGCCAUUGAAUCAGUUAUUAAACAUCCUGUUCAAGACAGCGCCGGUAUAAAAUUAUCGCUCCAAAAAUCUGCGGCGACCAGUUCUGUCAUUCAUAAAAAUUCAAACAAACUUUUCCCUCAAGAAAUCAAAGGAAAAGGUGAAGAAAGUAAGAAAAUAUUUAAAGAACCAUUGGACAUCGACGAAAUUGCAGCUGCCUCAAAUUAUCCAGAUGUUUCUGAAGAUAUCAAAACCCUAACCAAAGUUAAAUGCAACUCUGCGCAAGAAGUUGGACAUAACAUUAAAGGUACAAAGCCAAUACUGAUAUAUCUUAAUUAUGGAAAUGAAACAGAAGAAAAAAGUAUUGUCAUGUUAGCUCUCUCGUUGGAAUACUAUCUAGAUCGUGUUAAUAUUAAACGUUUGUUUUUUCAUAACACUGUGGAACAAUUGAUCACGUUUCGAAAAGUUUUGGAUUUGAUCAGAAGGGAUUAUUUUGUUUAUAACAAACAAACUGAAUGGAACAUCAUCGACCACAACAACGAAGUCACCAAUCUUCCGGAAAACGAAGGUUAUGAUCUAGUAACUAAUCUAGAAGGUAGUAGAGGAACAGAAUUUUGUGAAACCGUAUGUUGUAUUGACAUAAAUGACACUAUGUUGCGACACAAGACGUUAGAAGGAAUGUCCAGAGUAACUGAACGCCUAAUAAUCGUUUGCACGUGUAACAUACAGUCUGCUACUACAAAUUCAUCAACUGGACAUAUCAUUAAAGAUCUGUUACCAGAGUACCUGGAUGAAGUUUCUGUUGAAUGUUGCAAGAAUUCAAACGAAAAUUACAUUGAAACACAAGUUAAUGACAGAAAAUCGAUAGGAUAUGUAAAUACAAAUUCGCGUAGAUUCAAAAAUCUCAUGGAACGGAUAAAGAAAAUUGAAUAUAAAAAGAAUGAAUCAGAUGAGGCCGAUUUUGCGCAAAUUAUACGUAACAACUUUCAAUCUCCAACAAUCAACGCGAGCUGCAUUUUUACACACGAUGAUUCGUGUACAAUUAGUUGGAAUGAUGAAGGAUAUGGUUACGUGAUUGAAAUGGAAAACGACAGAUCACAAUGGCAGAACGUAGAAGGUGUGACCACACAUGGUAGAUGUGUUAUCAAUAAUUUAGUUGUUGGAAAGACAUACAAGUUUCGUGUUGCAGCCAGUAAUAACUUUGGUGAAUCAGAAAUUAUAUUAUCCUAUCCACAUUUCGUUGCUGUUACUUUUCAAGAUAUCAUGAAAAUUAUUGAAUCUAACGAUAUCGAGAAACUGAAAAAAUUACUAUCCAUUCAUCCAAACAUCGUUCACAUGAGAGAUGAAGAUGAAUGCACACCAUUGUUGUGGACAGUAGAUAACACCGACAAUACAUCAAUGGUGGAAAUUCUCAUCUCAUAUGGGAGUGAUGUUUGGGCGGAAAAUAGAUGGAAAUAUAACAGUUAUCAUGUCGCUGCAAUAUCUGAUCGUCACACAAUAUUAGAUAUGUUAUGUCGACAUGAUGUAACAAACAUCAACCGUGUAGAUGUUGACAACAAUACACCAUUACAUCAUGCUGCAUGGUAUGGUUACAUCUCAUGUGUUGAUGUUUUGUUGCGUCAUGAAAAUAUUGAUGUGGCGAUCGAAGAUGAAGAUGGAAAAACAGCUUAUGAUUAUGCUGGAGAAUGGUUGAAUGGACAAAACCGGGAAAUAAUAAGACGAAAAAUAAAAGAAUACGAAGAUGAAAAGAAAAAAUAAACGUCUUAGGAAAUUGUUUCAUUUCAAAAAAACAACAAUAGCUUUACCAGGUAAGAUAUUUUUCGCAGAUGAGAAAAAAAUCCCUCGAAUUUAAAAUGUUUGAAAUUUACGCGGCAUUAAACUUUCCCCAAUCUGUUUGAGGUUUAAGUACCUUCGAAAACUUUUCUCAUUUUUAUAUAUAACAAACUU